AUGACUUCCAUCACACCAAAGAUCAUCGACGACAAAAGCCCCCUCUGCAUUCCGUUCAUCACGGGACUGUUGGAGAAGCGGUCGUCGCAAGAUGGAGAUCGACCAUUCAUGAUCGGCCUCAACGGCGUCCAGGGCGUCGGCAAAACGACACUUGUCAAAGCACUGGCCGAGAUGCUCACCAAGCUCGGUUACAGUACGCUCGUCUUCAGUAUCGACGACCUGUAUCUUAAGCACGAGGAUCAGGUCGCCCUCGCCCAAUCUCAUCCCGAUAACUUCCUGGUGCAACAAAGGGGCGAGCCCGGGACCCACGACAUGCAGCUCGCCCGGGCUUUCUUCGAUAGCAUCACCGGGGGGAAGCCCACCAAAGUGCCAUCAUACGACAAGGCAGCCUUUUCCGGCCAAGGAGACCGUCUCCCCGAGAGCCAAUGGACCGAGGUGAACAGCCCAGGCCAGCCAAAGGUCCAGGUCGUCAUAUUCGAGGGUUGGUGUGUAGGGUUCCGUGCUCUGCCGGAUCCCGAAGUGGAGGCCAAGUGGAAAGGCCAUAGCAGGACACUCCAGCAGCAUAAGCUGGAGCACUUACUGCUAGUGAAUGAGAGGCUCAAAGAGUAUGACACCAUGACUGACCUCUUGGACGUUUUCAUUCACAUCGAUGCCGAGGACACCCAAUACGUUUACGACUGGCGCUUGCAACAAGAGACCGCACUUCGACAAGAAAGGGGCACCGGCAUGACGGACGAGCAAGUCAUCAAGUUCGUCGACGGUUAUUACCCUGCUUACGAGCUUUUUCCAGACAAUGUCAGGAGAGGAGUUCUGCCAAACAGGCCCGGUCACCAGAUGAGGCUGGUGGUUGGCAAAGACAGAAGAGUAAAAGAACAUUUUAUUUUGUAA